AUGAAGAGUCUCUCGUUUCUUGCAAUUCUAUAUCUCUUAGCUUUAACACUUCCCUUAGUCAUUGCUUCUGACCCAAGCCCUCUUCAAGACUUUUGCGUCAGCGCCAACACCUCAGCAGAUGGUGUUUUUGUGAACGGAAAGUUCUGUAAGGACCCGAAGCUCGUCACAGCAGAUGACUUCUUUUUCUCAAAUCAGCUUGAAAAGCCAAGAAAUACUGACUCUAGUCCAGUUGGGUCUGUUGUUACUGCUGUUAACGUUAACAACCUUCUAGGGUUAAACACUCUUGGAAUCUCAAUUGUCCGUAUAGAUUAUGGAGUCAACGGACAAAACCCUCCUCACACGCACCCACGUGCCAGCGAGAUCUUGCUUGUCGCGGAAGGAACUCUUUUAGUUGGGUUUGUCACGUCAAACACAGAGAAUCGCCUCUUCACCAAAACACUCAACGUUGGUGAUGUAUUUGUGUUUCCCGAGGGACUCAUCCAUUUUCAAGCGAACAUUGGGAAAUCACCUGCCGUUGCAUUCGCUGCUCUGAGCAGCCAAAACCCGGGUGUUGUCACUAUUGCUAACACCGUGUUUGGGUCUAAUCCUCCAAUAGAUCCAAGUGUUCUUGCAAGAGCGUUUCAGUUGGAUGGUAGGAUUGUCAUGGAUCUACAGAACAAGUUUAAAAAGUAA